AAAGGUACCAAGAGGGUGCAAUUUGUCAGGAACUUGAUUAGGGAGGUUGCUGGAUUCGCUCCCUAUGAGAAACGUAUCACUGAGCUUCUUAAGGUUGGAAAGGACAAGCGUGCACUCAAGGUCGCCAAGAGAAAGCUUGGUACUCACAAGAGAGCAAAGAAGAAGAGAGAGGAGAUGUCAAGUGUCCUUAGGAAGAUGAGGUGUAUGCUUAAUCCAAAAUGGCAACUGGCAUACAUCGCUGGAACCAAUUGUGCAUAUAUG